GAUCUGAAACAGCGUUUGCCCUCACUAAAUCGACAAAAUUUGAAGUAAUUCGAGUAAAAUUAAGAAAUUGAUGAGAAUUCAAGACAUUCAAGAGUUACUAAAUUAUUGUUUAGAAUGACCAAGGGCGUGAGGUUUCCCAACGAUGGAUGGCUUGGCUUGCCGAAUGAAAGGCAACAUUCUCGAGGAACAAUCGAAUCGCGUCAGAAGGCUCAGAAAGUGAACUCCAGGACAUCUAGGAAACCACUGCAAUCGCUUCAAACUGCCGGUCGGAACACUAGCUCCUACAGCCUGAAGUACAAAGGAAGUCCGCCGUCCGAGGAGCAACUGGGUGUGCUGGUGCAGCGGGAUUGCAGGGCGGAGAAGCACCACACCGAUCGCCAGAACUUGGCGGACAUCAUCCUGAUGCAGGCUCGUCGCAUCGAGAAGCAGCAGCGGGAAAUGCAUAGGAUAAAAGCGCACUAUGAGCGCCAGGUGUCCACCAUCAAGAACAAUGCCAUCAUGCUGGAAUCCCAUCUGCAAAAGGUGCUGGCGAGUGUCGAAAGGGAUCGGGCCAAGCGGAUUGGACACCACUGCCAGGACAUGUUGGGCGCCGUGGAGAAGCUGCAGAAGAGCGACAUCCAAGUGAAGCAAUCCAAGCAAUCCCAGCCGCAAUCUGUGGCCAGCCGACUGCUGAUCCAGUAUCUCCAAUCCAAGGCGAUGUCGCAUUCGACCAGGAACUCUAAUGGAAACACAAGUAACUACAGGAAUAUGUUGUGAAUCGUAUUGCUGUGUGUACAUUGUGUUUUCAAUGGGUUUUCUGGUCAGUUUAAAUUAUCAAUAAAAGAACCAUUUGUAUCUUAAAAA